AUGGCUACUAGUGGUAGUGGCGGGCCUACUGCUAGCACUGGAGCAUCAACAUGUGAUCCAAGCAAAGAUCCAAAUAGGAAGGCCAAAUCAAAAGACCUCGAGUGGAAGUAUGGAUAUUGGUCAUAUCUUAAAGAUAAGAAAUUAGUGCGAUGUACACUUUGUGGAAAAGAUGCCAAAGAAGGAAUCAAAAGGCUUAAGCAACAUUUAAUUGGUGGGUAUGGAGAUCUAUCAAAGUGCCCAAAAACAACUGCAGCAAUCGCUAGAGAGAUGCAUGAGGCUAUAAUACGAAAUCAGAAGAGGAAGCCAGAUGUCUUUGAUGAGGAUUAUUCUGUUGAUCAUCAACAGGGAGAGGAUUUUCCUGUAGAGAUAGAAAGUGGAGGCGAGUUGCAAUCUGGUGCACCAAGGCCCUCAACUAUAGACUCCUCAAGAAUGAACCUUGUGCCAAGCUCUGGGACAGCUUCCAAAAGGAAUAAAGCUAAUGUUAUUACACCAACGGCAGUAAAGGGUCCAACAGAUUCUUAUCUUCGACGGACUCCUGAAGAAAUAGUUGGUGAGAGGAGGUCUAAAGGUUCUACCCAGACAAUACAGAGCAGCUUAAGAUCAAAUGCAGAUAGAAAGAAAACUAAUGCAUAUGUUGCAAACAGGUUUUAUGAAGCUGGCAUCCCAUUCAAUACAAUCAAGUUAAGGAGCUUUGAGGAGAUGGUUGAAGCCAUUGCGCAAUUUGGGUCAGGAUAUAAACCCCUUUCUUAUCAUGAGUUGAGAGUGCCCUUGCUACAGGAUGAAAAAGCUAAGAUUGAAUGCUUCAAGAAGAAAUAUAAAGAUUACUGGAAAAGGUACAGGUGCACUCUCAUGUCUAAUGGGUGGACUGACAAGAGAGGAAGACACUUGAUUAAUUUCCUCGUUAAUUGUCCAUUGGGGACUUAUUUUAUGGGCUCUGUAGAUGUAUCUAGUGAUUCUCAAUAUGCAGACAUGUUAUUUCAGUUGCUUGAUAGCAAAAUUGAAGAAUUAGGGAGGAUAAUGUGGUACAAGAGUAACAGACAAUGCAGCUAA